AUGGGAUUUUCUUGUACCUUUAAUGUUCCAAGUGUUGGGAGAAGUGGUGGUCUUGCUCUUGCUUGGAAGAAGGAAGUACACCUCAACAUUAUAUCAUCCAGUCUGAGGGGCAUCUGUGUUACUACUACUGAUAUAAUCCACUCUAAGACCUGCCAUAUUCAUUUCAUGUAUGGUGAACCUAAUAGUAGUCUAAGACAAGCCUUUUGGGAACAACAAUGUCAACAGAUUAAUGUCCCUUUAGAUGAACCUUUUUUCUUUAUAGGAGAUUUUAAUGCCCUCCUAGGAACUGAAGAUAAAAAUGAUAGCCUAGAAGUAGAUGACCCUGAUUUUGAAAAUCUUAGAAAUUUUUGUUCUUUCUUUAAUCUUCAUGAUCCUGGUUUUUCUGGACCAAGGGACUCUUCUGAUCAUUGCCGUAUGCAUAUAGGUUUUAACUAUGAGGAUACUUGUAUGCAUAGACCUUUCUAUUUUAUGUCCAUGUGGAUAAAGGAUCCUACCUGUAGAGAUAUUAUAGCUAAUUCUUGGUCUGUUAAUGUGGUAGGUUCCCCUGCCUACAAACUUAAUGCUAAGCUCUUAAGUACCAAGAAAGGCCUAAGAGAUUGGAAUAAAUCUUUUAUUGGUUAA